UAGAAUUGUAAAAAUUAACCUACUAUUAUAUUUUAAAUCUACACUUGGGAGUCCGAGAAAUUCCGAUUUUCGACAUUUAGAAAUUUAGAAAUUGAGAUUCUGAACUUGUGUUUUAUCUAUGAUUCUGAAACAUAAAAGAAAGAUGAAGAUCCUAAAGGAUUAUGUUUGACGAGUCUUCGAAAUGGUAGUGAAAAAGAAUUGGCGUAAAAUUGAAAUAAUCAGGAAAACUUCAAAAUCUGAAAAGUCGGGCGAUUCGUGGACCUUCUUGGGUUCUAAAGCUGUGAUCGUUUGUCCUGUUAAAUUAGUAAAAAUGCAGACGAAACAGCCCAUAACAAGACAAAUUGCCAUAAAUACCCUUGCGGCUAUGCACAGAAGAUUCAGUUUGCCAGGACCAGUGCAACCGCAUUCAAGGCCUAUAUCAGAAUUCAGGGCCAGUGCCAACAAGUCUUUGGAUAUGCUACGUCAAACCAUACAAUCUGCAGUUACUAGGGAAAUUGACCAAGUGAUCAAAAAAUAUUUAGAGAAAUUCUUUGUGCCAGCAGUAAAUAAUAUAAGACUGAAUUUGGGAGACGAAUCUGUCAGUGAGGACCAGGUUCGUGCUGUGUGCAGGGCAAUGCUGGACGCCACACGUUUGCUAUACACAACUCCAGCGCGAACAGUACCAUGUCCAUAUGAAAGUAGUGAAUCAGAAGCGUUAGAAACCAAAUUCAGCAAGCAAUUGCAAAGUACACUACAGUAUAAAAGAAAAGAUUCAGAGAUUGAGACAGAUCUAUUUGCCAAACGGAAGAAGAUUAAACAAGAAGAUAAUACUGACAGUGCUUCCUCUUCACCAUUGCCUUCACCAGCAUUAAGAGAUCCAGAAAAGUGGAACCCAGAUCGACUUACGCAAGAUACGCUGUUUAUUAUGGGAUCUCAUGCACAUAAGGUUCUUGGAUUGGGCAACUCACGUGGACGGUUAUACACGCGGCACUCUAGUUUACCAAGGUACCCCGCCGAUAGCAUAGACAAGGAAUGGAUUGCUAAUCACAAUUUAGCGAAUGCUGUUGGUGGAAAGACUUACAUAAUGGUUUUAGAAGAUAUUGAGGAAUUGGCACACAGUGAAGCUUACAAACACAGUUCUUUACCAAUGCUUGGUGAAUUAUCUGGAUUCAAAGUACCUCAGUUCAUGUUAAAAAAAAUUAAGUCAUAUGUAGUGAAAUGUGUCUUGAGUGAAGACAUCAGUAAUACAAGUAGUCCACAACCAUCUACAAGUAGUGUGCAAGAUGAUGAUAAAUUCAAAGAUAUUAAAAUUGAAGCACCUGAGACUUUUGAUGCGAAUUUCAAUGCGAGCCAUUACAUAACUGGUAGCGAGAACUCCAGAGAUUUCUCUGAUGUAAUGAAAGAUGACAGUGAUUUCUCUGACAUCAAAGUUGAGGACAUUGAUGAUAUAAAAGUGGAACAGAUAAAAGUCGAAGAUUUGGAUGAUAUUAAAGUUGAUGCUAUAAAAGUUGAGGGUUUGAACGUGGGCGGUAUUAAAGUCGAGAACAUUGACGGCAUUAAUGUAGACGAAAUCAAGGUUGAAGACAUCAAAUUAGAGAACGACGACACCUUUGAUCUUUGUAAACAAGACGAUGAUCAGAGUCAUUUGGUUGAUGGUCUGUUGGAUUCAGACAUUGAGUUUUUGAGCCGUAAUCUCGGAAACAUUGAAAGCGAAACAGAUGCGAGGAAGACCAUAGAGAAAUUGACUGGCGCUAAUGCCGAUACGAUAACUUUAGUCGGAGAUGAAUUCGAUCUGGGUUCGACGUUGAACACAAACUUUUCAGGUAAUCAAACGAAGUGCAUCACUGUGGCGUCGACGACCAGUGGCAUGGUUCACAGCGUGCCGGUCGCGCACAUCGCGGCGCCGCCUCGCAUCACGGGCAGCACCCUGCAUUACUACACCAGCUCCGCGCCGCACGUGACGCACGGGCCGCACGUGACGCACGCGCCGCAACGGACCGUGCACCAUCUGCCGCAAGCCACCGUCACCAUACAGAGCAUCCCGGGCUCGGCAUCGCAGAUGAUACGAGGAAUACCAAUCAACACGAAAACUGGAACUUUCAGUACAGUUAUGUCGCAAGGCGGAGGGAACACUAUAAUUGGUUUCGGUACGCGUACACCGAACGCGACAAUAAUUGGGACCCCGCAGUAUGUGAACGUUUCAUCUAAAUCAUUUCCCACUGGCAACAUCUUGCAUAACGCUAUCGUGUCGAGGAACAUCAUAAACCGUUCAAACUUGGCCGCCGUGACGUCCGGUGUGACGUUCAACGUGACGACGGUAAGGCCCGCGUCGCAAACAACCACGCCCAAAAUAAGCACGGCGGUCUCGACUAGUUCAGACUUCGACAGUAUCUCCACUACGAAGGACAUGAUCGAUAAUGCCUGCAAUUCAUCGGUUAUGUUGAAAAAGGUACUAACCCUCGGCAGUACUGGUGGGGCGAAGUCGUUUGUUAUGCAUAAUACGCAAAAAGUUUUGUCUACCGGUUUCGCUAGCGGCUCGACGCCUCCGCCGAAUGUGACUAUAGUCAGUUCUGGCGGUGGCCCUCUCGGUCAUUCCACGUCUAAUAUUUUGAGCGCGACUUCUGGCACUCUGAGCGCUACGCACGCUACCUUGUCGGCUUUAUUAGCUUCGAACGCUGAAAACGCCAAAAAAGGCAACAAAAAAUGAUCGUUUGUCUCUCUGAAAAAACAAUAAUCCAAAAACAAUUUCGUUGCAUUUAAAAUGGAUCUCAUUUAGAUUUUAAGUUUCCAUUGUAGUCGCUCAUUUAGUAUCAUAGCCAAAUUACUAUUAAAUUGAUUUACUUCUCUCGAUGCGAAUCAGAUUUCCGAUAACGAUAAAGACUGUUCCUGAUUAUCUCAAAGAAUGAAAAACAACUAACUACCUCUAUAUUGUCUCAAUUUUAGGAUCGCUAUUUAUAGUGCAUAAUAUUGUUAUUAAGUCUGUGUGUGUUUGACUAUAGGUUAUAGUUAAAAUUAGUUGAGUAGUUGUUGCAUUUUUCUCGUUUUGUUUUGUUUAAACGUAAGUACUUAGUGUUUAAGACGUGAUGUAUAUUUUCCGGGAUCAAUUUAAAAUAUUUUUCUAAAUAUAAUUCUGGUUCAUUAUUGUUCAGUAUUAGUAUGAAAGUAUGAAAAAAAAAAAACGAUGAGUAUGUUUUGUCUUUAGAAGAAAUUAUUGAAACAAAAUUUUUUUUAUUUUUUUUUUUUUAUUUUUUUAUUGCUUAGAUGGGUGGACGAGCUCACAGCUCACCUGGUGUUAAGUGGUUACUGGAGCCCAUAGACAUCUACAACGUAAAUGCGCCACCCACCUCGAGAUAUAAGUUCUAAGGUCUCAGUAAAGUUACAACGGCUACCCCACCCUUCGAACCGAAACGCAUUACUGCUUCACGGCGGAAAUAGGCGGGGUGGUGGUACCUACCCGUGAGGACUCCGAAGAGGUCCUACCACCAGUGAUUAAUUUAUGCAUAUUAUUUUUAUAAUAGCAGAAUGCUAUUGAGUUUUACUAUACUGCGCUGGUUGCUUAGAGUUUGUUUAUAUCUAUAUUAUUAUUUAAAGAGAUCAAGAAAAAAUCAUAAUUCGAAUUUUAAAGAGAAAAAAAUCGGUUAUUAAAUCCAUUUCGUACUCAAAAUCACCGUUAGGUAAGUAAAUUUUAUAUGUAUGUAUGAAAUUUUUGCUUUCCUUUCAGAACUAGUUUUAAAGAUAAACAAUUUUAGAGAAACUUAUAAGCUAUAUUAUAUAGCUAUACUAUACUAAAGCUAUACUAUAUUAAGCUAUAUUAAAAAAAAGAUUUUUACUGCGCUAUGCUAACACCGUAAAAUCAAAUAUCUUAUUAAAACACUAAACAUGUUUUUGAGUUGUCGACAUGACACGACUACGUAUUAAUAAGUACUGAAUGAAAUAUUGCGUAGGGUAUUUAAAAAAACAAAAUCGUUCACUUUCAAUUUUUAUAAAAAAAAGUUCCUAUUUAAAUGAUCCAUAAAGUUAUAUGAACAAAUAUGGAAACAAGUAAUCAAAAUUUUAUAUAUUUUUAGCUUAAUUCGCCUUAUAAGCUUAAAUUGAAACUAUGUUGCAAUAUUAAUGUGCUUUGAACCAAUGCUUUAGCUUUAAUUCGUAUCGUGUUGCAAUAUGUUAUUGUAUUAAGCCUUCCUAUUAUUAUUUUUGUUUAUUGUUAGAGCUUUAUAUCGUUUAGAAAUGCAGCCGCUGUGCUUUUCGUUCAAUUUGGUUAUUUUGUUAUCUAUUUAAAAAAGUACGCUUAAGCUUGUUUUUAUUGUUUUUAUUCAAUUACUAUAAUUAUACCUAUUUUUAUUUAUUACGAAGAUAAACAAAUAAUUAAAGACAUACAUCUUAUAAGUAGUAACGUUUUAUUCCAAUCAAAAUGAAAAGAAGUUACUCAGUUCGGGGUGUAAUUGUUUGAUGAAUAAAUAGCAUUUUGUUAUGUUUUAGAUAAUAUUGUUUAUUCCUAAGAAGAUUUUUCGGAAAGUAGUGCAAAUUUGUUACCUUUAUUGUAUUCCGAAAAUUCGUAUGUCUAAAGGUGUUGCCAUAACUAAAAAAGUAUAUUUCGUAAUCCGAAUGAAUAUUAUUCAUAUGAAUCGCUCUAUACGCUUUAAAGCUGUCUCUCGAAUCAUCAUUUAAAUAUUUGCGAAUAAAGCAAGGCACUAAUUAAGUCUUUAUUUCAUUUCAAAUGGAAAAUAGUCUUUGACGAAGUUCAAUUGUCAAAUUAAAGUUUUGUUUUGAGAAGUUUUUACCUAAAUUAUGUUACUCUUUGACAUAAGUAAUAUUACUAUGUAAUAUUAAAAUUACUUACGUUAUUUACAACUUUACUGAUAUUUAUAUAUGAUAUUUAUAACGUGGCGUCUCCACUUGAGUGUUAGGGCCUGUUUGUCUUACGCUCUUGUCAUUAUUUUCUUUCCGAACUCAAUAUGACGUUAAUAUAACAUCUUUAUUUUCGAUUAUUUUUUUUAAGCAUGUUUUUCAUUGAAUCUUUACUCAUUAAAAAUGUUUUACGACUUAUUACUUAUCAGUAGAGUUGUGAAUAUAAUUUGAUAGUUUGUAAGAUGUGAUUGUGUAUUAGUGUAAUAUUAAAUUAAUUCCGUCUACAUUCUAA